CUAACUCUGCACUGUUGUGUUGCAGGGCUGUUGACUGUUGAGAAAUCCGAGGCCCAGGAGGAGACCAAAGGACCCGUGCUCAGGUCAGCUCUGCAUGGCAGGUGCAGCCUCAGCAAGCACACCAGCGAAGAGGGGGAUGGCCAACCACAGGCCAAGAAGAAAAAGAUCGACCUCAUCUUUAAAGAUGUCCUUGAAGCCUCUCUGGAGGCCUCCAAGAGCCAGGAAAACCCCCUGAACAGCACCUUCUCCAUGAAGCGGACCAGAGCUCAGCACGUCACGCUCACUUCCCAGAGUGGGGAGUCCUAUCUGGCUCACGAGAAAUGCAAAGUGGCUGGUCUGGGCCUCCACCCAUCAGAGCACCUAGAGGGGGGCUUUAAUGUUCGGUGUCUAAAGAUGGAGGAUUCCGAAGACGAUCCUGGUCACAUUCAUGAGGAGCCUUCUACCUCGUUCUGCCCCAACUGUGUGAAGCUGAAGAGGAGGAUUCGGGAGCUGGAGGCAGAGGUGAUUCGUCUGAGGGGAGGAGAGCAGGUGGAGGUACCACCCCACUCUGAGCUGGCACCAAUAGAUGAGCUCCAAGGUAGGUCACAGAGAGAAAUCGAGCAGUGUGGCAUGGGUUAUUUGGUGAGAUUAUACCUCUGCUUUGUAGCACAGAAUUUCAGAUGUGACAUUUUCUGUACAUUCUAUAUUCACCUUCAAUAAAAAUUUGAGUCCCCCAUAUCACAAUUUUCAUCAUUAUCAGUAGAAAAGCAUGUUUUGUUAUUUUGGUUAGACUAAAAAUGAAUUAAAAACCCCAAAUAGUUAAGUUAACAUUGAAUUAACUCACAAAAGGGUUUGCGAAACUGUGUGAAAUAUGUCAGUGAUUUCUUGCUUUGGAUUUUGCGGUGGUGAAUGUUUGUUUUUUGUAUAUUCCAGGGGAUUUCAAAUAAAAAUGUGUUUGCACAUGUUUGUCUUUUUACUUUGUCUCAAAUUCAAAUCACAUUAAAUGAAUUAAAAACUGAUGUGUUCAUUUCAGUGGUUAGUAUUACCAUGCAUCAUUGGCAUUUCAUAGUUUUAAAACAAAUUAUUUAAAUGAUUCAUUUCUAGCCACAUUUUGGAAAUUUCAGAUAUUCUGUGGAUUUGGUAUGAUAUUAAUCUGAUUAAAUUCCCUUAAUAGGAUGAAAAGCUUCAUUUUUUUCCUUAGGUGUUGAAUGAAAAUACAUUUGUCUAUUCAGAUACAGUAUAUAUAGCAUUGCUGAGGUUGUCUUUUAUGAUAUUAAUGUUAUAUCCCAUUAUUUUCAGCAGCUGAGGCCAUGACCCCUAUUCCUGUGGUGCUAGAUGAGGAUGAUCAGGAUGUGGACUCUGCAGAUGAGUCCAUCACUGCUGACCUCAUGGUGGCUGCUGACGACUCCUCCAAGCUGUUGGCUGGGCCUGGCCGACGGAUACGCCGCUUCAAGCAGGAAUGGCUCAAGAAGUUCUGGUUCCUGCGCUACUCGCCAACGCUCAACGAGAUGUGGUGUCAUGUCUGCCGCCAGUACACCGUCCAGUCCUCACGCACCUCCGCCUUCAUCAUUGGCUCCAAGCAGUUCAAGAUCCACACUAUCAAGCUGCACAGCCAAAGCAACCUGCACAAGAAGUGCCUGCAGCUAUACAAGCUCCGGAUGCACCCAGAGAAGACUGAGGAGAUGUGUCGUAACAUGAUGCUGCUGUUCAAUGCUGCCUACCACCUGGCCCUGGAGGGCCGACCCUUCUCAGACCUGCGAGCGCUGGCUGAGUUGCUCAAGAAGUGCGAGCUCAAGGUGGUCGACCAGUACAUGAACGAAGGUGACUGCCAGAUCCUCAUCCACCAUAUCGCCAGGGCACUUAAGGAAGAUCUGGCGGAGAGGAUACGCCUGUCGCCCUUCCUCAGUGUCAUCAUGGACGGGCAAAAUGAUGACUUGCUGUCAGACACCGUUGCCGUCUAUGUGCAGUUCACCACCAGUGAAGGACCCCCUGCCACAGAGUUCCUCUCCCUGCAGAGGCUGAGCGUUAGCAGUGUGGAUGGCUACCUCCAGGCCAUCGAUCGGGCCUUUGCUGUGCUUGGUCUGAAGCUUCAGGACAUGCUGGUGGCUGGUCUGGGGGUCGAUGGCUCCAACAUCUCCUCCAGUUUGAGAGCAAAUCUGUACAUUGCUGUACGGAAGACACUCCCCUGGAUCCUCUGCUUGCCGGUCAUGAUCCAUCGUCCUCACCUGGAGGUGCUGGAUGCCAUCAGUGGGAAGGAGCUGUCCUGCCUGGAGGACCUUGAGAACAACCUGAAGCAGCUGCUGAGCUUCUACCGGUACUCCCCUCGCAUGAUGGCCGAGCUCAGGUCUACCGCCCCCACACUGUCUGAGGAGACAGAGUUCCUGGGAGAUAUUCGAGCCAUCAGCUGGAUUAUAGGAGAGCCAAACGUCCUGAAUGCCCUUAUCAAAGAUUACCUGGAGGUGGUGGCACACCUCAAGGAUAUCAGCAGCCAAACGCAGAGGGCAGAUGCAGCAGCCAUCGCCUUGACCCUACUUCAGUUCCUCAUGGAUUACCAGUCUGUCAAGCUAAUAUACUUUCUCCUGGAUGUCAUCGCUGUCCUUUCGCGCCUGGCCUUCAUCUUUCAGGGGGACUACCUGCUGGUGUCUCAGGUAGACGCCAAGAUCGAAGAGGCCAUCCAUGAGAUCGGUCAGCUAGUGGACUGCCCUGGGGAGUAUCUGCAGGAGUUUGAGGAGAACUUCCGCGAAAGCUUCAAUGGCGUAGACCUGAAUAACUUGCGCGUCGCCGAGUCCAAGUUCCAAUCCAUCCGCGAAAAGAUCUGCCAGAAGAGCCAGGGCAUCUUGUCCCAGCGACUCGACAUGCACAGCCGCACGGUGGUCAAGGCGUGCCGUGUGCUCGACCUCACCACCUGGCCACGCAACAGGGAUGAACUACGAGCCUUCGGGGAGGAAGAGAUCCUGCUCAUCUUUGACCACCUUGAAGCGAUCCCCUCGGCUGUCCGGGAGGCGUCGCGGGACAGAACAGACGCUCGGGGCAGCCUGCUGGUGGAGUGGAGGGACCUCAAAGCCGACUACUACAGCAUGAAUGGCUUCAAGGAGGUGGUCAGUCAAAUCUCCAGGCACAAGCAGCGCUUCCCUCUGCUUAACCGCAUACUCCAAGUUGUCAGGGUCUUGCCCACUUCCACUGCCUGCUGUGACAAAGGCCGGGGGUCCCUGCAGAAAGUGCGCAAGAACAACCGCUCAAGGCUGACGCUGGACCAGAUGAAUGACCUACUGACCCUUGCAGUCAACGGGCCGCCGAUAGCAAACUUCGAUGGCAAGCGACCAUUGGACAGCUGGUUUGAAGAGAAGUCUGGCAACAGCUAUUCACUCUCAGCCGACAUGCUGACUAGAAUGUCGGCUAAUGAACAAAAGUAUGUUCUGCACAGCAUGGAUGUGAACACAGAGUUCUACCCUGAUAUUUGA